AUGACCGAAGAACAACGUUCGCACCUUCGUGUUUUGGAAGAAGAUAUUGCUGGGCAUUAUGUGUCUUCGAUAGAUAUUCGCGAAGAUGAAGAUACCAAAUUCGUUGAUAUUUUUACGAUUUUUCAAGUGGUGCAUGGUUAUAAACAAUUAACUGAGAGCAAAGCCAACGUGGUUGCUGACAAUGAUACUUAUGUGCUGAAUUAUAAAUUUACCAAGGAAUAUUCAGAAAAUUCAAGUGAAGAUUGGAUGGUGUCUUUCAUAAAUUAUGCAAACUUUGAAGAUCAUAUGAAUGAUCAGAUGAACUUUUUUAAAAAGUCAUUUGAAGACAAAGGGAAAAAAUAA